AAACCAAGGCCUAGGGAGGGCAAUAGGCAACUCAGGUGUUUCCCUUCUAGCACGUGGCUGUGGCAGGUGUGCCCUGGGCUCUGGCUGCCAGCCCCUUACAGCAGGACCACCGGAGCCUGAGCUGUGGACCACGGCUCCUCAGCUUUGCCAGUCAGGGUGCCCGGGAAACGUCCUCUGCACAGGACCCCGCAUGGUAGGCAAGUGCUGUGCCACGGAGCCGCUCCCCAGCCGCAGCGGAGCCUCUUCUGCAGAGAUGAACUCGCACUGGUAGUGACCGUUACUAAGACACAGGGGAAGAGGACCCAGAGCUGGGCGACCAGGUCUGGAGGUGCUCCUGAGCGCCAACUGGAUUCCAAGCCCUUCCCUGUAUUUCUCUGACGAGCUUUAUGGUUCUACGUCUCGUCGGUGAUCUGCUUUGACGCCUGUGGCGUCCAGUUGUCUAGCUCCGUCGCUCUGGCUCCUUCCUCCAUUCCGCCACUCGAGCUGCAUCAGACUCGGCGGGGUGCGUGCCUGUGGGUGUCCUUCUGGGUUCACGUGACUGCCUGUCAGUGGGAGCCAGGUCCACGGCCCCUUCGCUUCAGCUUCACUUUCAGAGUUGUUUUGAACCUGUCACCGCAGUGACCUGCUGUGUAGGUUCUGGUGUCACUUGUCACACAGAUCAUUUGCCUGAGGUCCACUCUCUUCCUGUCACCGCCAGCUUAGUUGCAGGAGGCGCUGAGCCUGCUUGACACCCUUGAGGCACUCAGUGUUCUGACCUGUCCCGGGUCCCUCUGUCUCCAUGUCGUGUGGCAGUAGUCACACCAGCUUCCUCUCCGCAGAGGGCAAGGCCCAGUUCAGACCCGGGCUGCUGCGUGGGAACCACCUGGGGGCUGUGGAAGCCCCAUGUGGCCCCACAAGUCUGAUCGGCAGGUUGGGCGGGGCCAGGAUUUAUAUUUCCACGAGAUUCCAGGCAACGCUGUUACUGCCGGCUCCUGGUCCAGGGUCCACACUGAGAACCACGGGGGAGGCAGGACUGGUGGUCAAAUGGCAGACUCUCGCGUUGUGGUCCUUCUCUCCUCGUGUCUGCACCGAAUGUUCUGCAUCUCACUGCGGGAGUCCUUAGGGGCCCUGGAAGCCGGAACUGGACGCCCUCUUCUCCAAGGGUGUGGAGAUGGCCGAAGAUGGCAGUGAAGAGAUCAUGUUCAUCUGGUGUGAAGACUGCAGCCAGUACCAUGACUCCGAGUGUCCCGAGCUGGGCCCCGUGGUCAUGGUCAAGGACUCCUUCGUGCUAAGCAGGGCAAGGUCCUCCCUCCCCUCUAACCUGGAGAUCCGACGUCUAGAAGACGGGGCGGAAGGCGUGUUUGCUGUCACGCAGUUGGUCAAGCGGACGCAGUUUGGCCCCUUUGAGUCCAGGAGGGUUGCCAAGUGGGAGAAGGAAUCUGCAUUUCCACUGAAGGUGUUCCAGAAGGACGGGCACCCUGUGUGCUUUGACACCUCCAACGAGGAGGACUGCAACUGGAUGAUGCUGGUGCGGCCGGCGGCGGAGGCCGGGCAGCAGAACCUGACGGCCUUCCAGCAGGGCAGCGACGUGUACUUCACCACCUCGCGCGACAUCCCCCCCGGCACCGAGCUGCGCGUGUGGUACGCCGCCUUCUACGCCAAGAAGAUGGACAAGCCCAUGCUGAAGCAGGCCUGCUCCAGCGUCCACGCUGCAGGCACCCCCGAGCACAGUGGCCCCGCGGAGUCGGAGCGCAGCCCGUGGGCUUGCAAGGUGUGCUCCAGCGCCUUCCUGGAGCUGCAGCUUCUCAACGAGCAUCUCCUGGGCCACUUGGAACAAGCAAAAAGCCUUCCUGCGGGCAGCCAGCAUGAGGCAGCCCCCGAGAAGGAGCCCGAGCCGCCCCGGGGACAGCCACCUGGGGUGCCGGAGAGUGCCAGCGUCCAGAGUAGGGCCACCAAAGAGCAGAAGAAAAAGCCUCGAAGGGGGAGGAAACCCAAAGCAUCGAAGCCAGAGCAGCCCCUGGUCAUCGUCGAGGACAAAGAGCCGGCAGAGCAAGUGGCCGAGAUCAUCACUGAGGUCCCGCCGGACGAGCCUGUGAGUGCGACCCCAGACGAGCGGAUGGUGGAGCUGGUCUUGGGGAAGCUGGCCAGCCCCACGCACGACGUCAGCGCAGUGCCACGGUUUACACAUCAUCCGAGCAGCUCCAUCAGCCUCAAGAGGGGCCUGGUGCUGUCCGGCAGGCACGGCGUCCGGCGCAAGCUGGUGCGGCAGCUGGGGGAGCACAAGCGGGUGCACCAGUGUGGCAUCUGCAGCAAGGUCUUCCAGAACAGCAGCAACCUCAGCAGGCACGUGCGCUCCCACGGUGACAAGCUGUUCAAGUGUGAGGAGUGUGCGAAACUCUUCAGCCGCAAAGAGAGUCUGAAGCAGCAUGUUUCCUACAAGCACAGCAGGAACGAGGUGGAUGGCGAGUACCGGUACCGCUGCGGCACCUGCGGGAAGACCUUCCGCAUGGAGAGCGCGCUGGAGUUUCACAACUGCCGGACAGGACUCAUAGCAAACCCGGGAGAGGGGGGGACCGGUGGCAAUCGGCUUAGAGACCUACCAGACGACAAGACGUUCCAGUGUGAGAUGUGUUUCAGAUUCUUCUCCACCAACAGCAACCUCUCCAAGCACAAGAAGAAGCACGGCGACAAGAAGUUCGCCUGCGAGGUCUGCAACAAGAUGUUCUACCGCAAGGACGUCAUGCUGGACCACCAGAGGCGGCACCUGGAAGGAGUGCGGCGGGUGAAGAGAGAGGACUUGGAGGCUGGCGGGGAGAGCCUGGUCCGCUACAAGAAGGAACCUUCUGGAUGCCCAGUGUGUGGCAAGGUGUUCUCCUGCCGCAGCAACAUGAACAAGCACCUGCUGACCCACGGCGACAAGAAGUACACCUGCGAGAUCUGCGGGCGCAAGUUCUUCCGCGUGGACGUGCUCAGGGACCACAUCCACGUCCACUUCAAGCUUGGCACGCAUGUCCGAGGUGGGAACUGUGGCUUCCCCAGGACAUCGCGCUCAUGGACGACCACCAGCGGGAAGAGUUCAUCGGCAAGAUCGGGAUCUCCUCGGAGGAAAACGACGACAAUUCCGACGAGAGUGCCGACUCGGAGCCCCACAAGUACAGCUGCAAGAGGUGCCAGGGGGCCCCUGAAGGCGAGGGCGGCUCACUUCCGGGUGCCCAGCCCCAGGGUCUGUCAGCUGGGUGUCAGCGGCCGGCCCCACCCACAGCUCACCUUCGGCCGCGGGAAGGAGUACCUGAAGCACAUCAUGGAGGUGCACAAGGAGAAGGGCUACGGCUGCAGCACCUGCCACCGGCGCUUCGCCCUCAAGGCCACUUACCACGCCCACAUGGUCAUCCACCGUGAGAACCUGCCCGACCCCAACGUGCAGAAGUACAUUCACCCCUGUGAGAUCUGCGGGCGGAUCUUCAACAGCAUCGGGAACUUGGAGCGCCACAAGCUCAUCCACACAGGCGUGAAAAGCCACGCCUGCGAGCAGUGCGGGAAGUCCUUCGCCAGGAAGGACAUGCUCAAGGAACACAUGCGGGUGCACGACAACAUCCGGGAGUACCUGUGCGCGGAGUGUGGGAAAGGCAUGAAGACCAAGCACGCCCUGCGCCACCACAUGAAGCUGCACAAGGGCAUCAAGGAGUACGAGUGCAAGGAGUGCCACCGCAAGUUCGCGCAGAAGGUCAACAUGCUGAAGCACUACAAGCGGCACACGGGGAUCAAGGACUUCAUGUGCGAGCUGUGUGGGAAGACCUUCAGCGAGAGGAACACGAUGGAGACCCACAAGCUCAUCCACACAGUGGGCAAGCAGUGGACGUGCUCCGUGUGUGACAAGAAGUACGUCACCGAGUACAUGCUGCAGAAGCACGUGCAGCUCACCCACGACAAGGUGGAGGCGCAGAGCUGCCAGCUGUGUGGGACCAAGGUGUCCACCCGGGCCUCCAUGAGCAGGCACAUGCGGCGCAAGCACCCCGAGGUGCUCGCAGUGAGGAUCGACGAUCUGGACCACCUGCCUGAGACCACCACCAUCGACGCCUCCUCCAUCGGCAUCGUGCAGCCUGAGCUGAACCUGGAGCAGGAAGAACUGGCCGAAGGGAAGCCCGGGAAAGCUGCCAAGCGCAGCCACAGGAGGAAGCAGAAGCCAGAGGAGGAGGCAGGCGCACCGGCGCCCGAGGAUGCCGCCUUCAGCGAGUACUCGGAAAAGGAGGCCGAGUUCACAGGCAGCGUGGGCGACGAGACCAACUCCGCAGUGCAGAGCAUUCAGCAGGUGGUGGUGACCCUGGGGGACCCCAAUGUGACUGCCCCAUCAAGCUCCGUCGGCCUCACCAACAUCACCGUGACCCCCAUCACCACUGCAGCUGGGACUCAGUUUACCAAUCUGCAGCCAGUGGCUGUGGGGCACCUCACCACCCCCGAACGCCAGUUGCAGCUAGACAACUCCAUCCUAACUGUGACCUUUGACACCGUCAGUGGCUCCGCCAUGUUGCACAACCGCCAGCACGAGGUCCAGGUCCACCCACCACCGGAGGCCUCCAGCCCUCAGUCUGUGGCCCACUUCAUCAACCUGACCACCCUGGUCAACUCCAUCACACCCCUGGGGAGCCAGCUCAGUGAGCAGCACCCGCUCACGUGGCGGGCAGUGCCCCAGACAGAUGUGCUGCAGCCGCCUCAGCCGCCGGCACCCCCACAGCAGCCAGCGCAGUCCCAGGUACAGGCUGAGCAGCAGCAGAUGUACAGCUACUGAGCACACCGCCGCAGCUGGGACCGAGCCAGGGGACUGGGCGUUGAGACGUGUGCCGGGCACCAAACCGAGCGAGGACGCGCACCGUGCAUGGCGAGCGAGGUCAGCGUGGCUUUGCAGAGCUGGCUGCGGGCUCCCACAGCCGUGGAGCCUGUCAGCUGGGCUCCAGAAGUGACCCGGCAGGCAGAGUUGGAAACGGUCCCUGCCAGAGAUGCCUUACCAAGGUCCUGCGGCCUGGCCUCAGAAGCACGAGUGGCAGGCUGGAGGAGGGGCGUGCAGGGAGAAGCAGGUUCCCAAGGGCGAGUGUCGCGAGGAGCACAGGCCGUUCCUUUGUGUCCUGUGGAGCUCCGCUGUUACCUUAAAACACGGGGCAGUCACAGGGCGACGAAGAGAACUCAGUUGUCUCCUCGCUCCUGGAGGACUUUUUGGCAAGUGAGCAGAUAGAAGUUAAAGUAACUUAUUCUCUUCAAAAUGUGGCCUGAGCCCAGUUUACCACGGCUAUGGACUGAGGCCACGUGUGGAUGGGCCAGGUGGCACGUGGCCCUGGCCUGAGUUCGUCAUAGGCAAGGGGUCACGUGAGGCCACCCACCCAGGUGCAGAAGACAUCUUGGGAAUGUCCAUCACCUGAUUUUCAUAUGGUUUUUCGUUUUCUUUUUAAUUUUAUUUCGAACGUACGUUCUGUAUUCAAGACCCUGUUGUGGCCAAUGUUGUUUUUUAACUUUAUUUUAAUGUGAUAAAGUCGUUUGCACUGUAGGACUGUCCACGUCCAGUUCUGCACAGCUGCCACGUGCCAAGGCACCGCAGCCCGUGCUGAGGCGAGGCUCGCGUCUGCCAGAGGCUGCCUCGGAGUUGUCUCAGGGUCUCUGCCAUCCAGACGUGCUCGCUGUGGCCGGAGCCCAGCAGAGCCCUGGACAGGACAGGGAAGAAAUCCAUGUUUCCUUCUGGUGAACCUUGAUUCCAAAGGUCGAUGCGUUCAAAGACCAAUUCCCUAUAAAACGUUGAGUGGCCCGGGCUCUUCGCGGGCAAGGCUGUGUGUCCCAGAAGCAGAGGACACCUGCCUGCAGCUGGGAGUGAGGGCAGGUGAGGCUCCUCCAGCAGCAGCAGAGGAGGCUGGCUGCCUUCCGCGGCGCAGCCAGCAGUGCCGCGGGAGGAGCCGCUCCCUCGCCCGCUGUCUUCAGCGCUGUCCGGAGAGGGUGGACUUGCCUUGCGUUACCUGGGAGCCCCCUGAGGGGACGCGGGUGACUCAGCAGUGGGUCGUGAGGCCGCACGAGCCAGGCGCUGGCAGGGGGCGCAGGGUCUGCCAGGCAGCACGGCGCUUCCUUGGCACCUCCCUUCAUUCCAGAAGCAAGCCUUUGAGGACGUGGCUGGAGCUGGUGGUGCAGUGCGUGCCCGCGGGGACUGGGACCCGGCCUCCACCCUGCCGGGCUCACGAGGUCUCGCCUCAGCAGAACCCGUAGCGAGAGCGUUUGGAUUCUUAACUUAUGAUGAUUGUUUUUUGUUAUUUAUACGUAUGUAUAAAGAACUGCUUUACUUUAGGAGGAUUCCCCAGUGAGCUUGGGCGAGGGGCGAUUUAUUUUCUGGAAUACUCUCUCCACCCUCCAGUGCAACAGCCCAGCCACCCGUGCACUCGGAAGAGAGCCAGGUUCCUGAGCUUUUUUUCUAAACAUCAAUGCCAGUCUCUGCAUUUGCAGAGUCUCCAGGAGGGAACAGCCCGCCAAAGGCGCCCGUGGGGGCGAGGCUGGCGAUUGCCUGUGGGCAUCUGCCCCACAUCCUGUCCCUGUGGAAGAAAGGCUUCUUCUCAAUGCUGAUUUUUUCUUAAAGGAGCUGUGUCAGAUGUUUUUGAAGAACCUGGUUUAGGCCACGUGGCCCACGUGCUGCUACCAUUUGCUUAAACGCAGAGGUAGCGCGCUUCCUGGGUGGCCAGUGGGCGCUCACACAAAGCCAGACUCUCCCAGUCUUCGGUGGACGCCUGAUCUCGGGAGGGUCACGUCUGAGGAGACGUGUUGUCCUCCAGCCAUGGCUGUGAAUCUCCUAAGAAACUGGAAGCAAACAAAAGGCCAGGGUCCUCGAGGGCCCCGGCUCUGCCUGUGCACCACUGUCAUCCACAGAGCGCUUGCUUCUUUAAGUGCCCCGAGGUGCACGGUGUGUCUGAAGGAAGAGGCCACUUGGCCAGUGGCACUGUGGCGCCUCGGUGACGGUGACUUGAUAAACCCUGAGGACUUCCUCUGACCUGUGAGCUGGUGGAGCGGUGUGCCUCGGCAGGCGGGGCACGGGGACGCGCCUGCCAGAGUCCUGUGCUCUGCGCGGACGGCCCGGCCCUGGUGGCUCUGGCGUUCGAUGUGUUCUCUCAGGAAAUGCUGUGCCAGGGCCCCAGCCUGUGUCCUCAGGACCACCCUGGCGGGUGGGCGGUGGAGGGCAGCUUCCAGUGCCUUGCCUGGUUUUUCCUCUCGGUGUCCAAAGGCAGACGGUUCGUGGCUUCCGCUGGAGGCAGCAUCUGUGACUUUCUCAUUGGCUUCAAAAGGCAUUGACUGUCCUGAGAUGCCGAGUCUUUCAUGUCCCAUCGUUUGUAUAAUGGUAAAUAAAGGUGCUGUGACCUGUG